CUUUGUGCUUCAUUCUUUGUUUUCCCUUCACGCACUCCUAUCGUGGAGUGUUUAUCUUCCUGUCUUUCCUUUGAUGCCAUUUCAUUUCUCGCUUGGAUCGAGUUAUUUAUUUACACACCAACCUUCUCCUUCACCGUCUUCUCUACUCAUCUCAUCUACACUUCUACACACUGAUUUAUCUCUUUAAUCCUCACGCUGUGCGUUCGAAAAGCAUCCGGAAUGCGUUCGAUUCUCUUUAUUAUCACCUGCCUGGCCGCUACCUCUAUCGCUGCACCGACCCUGCUCAACGGUCUAUUCAACUACUCAGAUGAUGUGGCUGAGUUUAUUGGCAAAGUCAGUAAGCACAUCGACAACGCCAAAAAGUCCACCGGCUCUUCGGCAGUGUGUGACACAUCCAAGAUUGCAUUGCCGGCCAAUGCAUCUGGCUUGCCGUCUCCUUCUGGUCAGAAGCCAAUCUAUGUAGGAGUUGGUCGUGGCACUCAGAAUUACACUUGUGAAAGCGCUACAUCGGAUUCCUCUCCCGUUGCCGUCGGGGCUGUUGCAAGCCUCUACAACGUCACCUGUAUCGCAGCAAACUACCCGGACAUUGCAAACAUGCUGCCAAACCUCGCAUACAAAGUACCCCUGACAGCCGACAUCUCGGCUGCUCUUGGGCACACCGAUAUUGACCUACUUGGUCACCAUUUCUUCACUGGUUCUGUGCCAACUUUCAACCUUGACACCACACCCGACCACCAAUACGGGAUUGCAUUUACCAAGAAGGAUUCUUCAAUGAAUGCUCCAGCUGGAUCAGUCCAGGGUGAUAACGGCGCUGUUGCAUGGCUCUACCUUACGGCCACAAAUGGCACCGUAGGUGACUAUGAGAGCGUAUAUCGAGUCCAAACUGCCGGAGGAUCACCACCAAAGACAUGCGAGAACCAGCCAUCAACCAUCACAGUCCAGUAUGCUGCAAACUACUACUUUUAUGGAAAGGAAUGAUAUUAGCCGGUGGUGGAAUGCGGCUUUUUGUGUAUAUAUGUUGUUUUAUGAU